GCAGCAGGAAAGAGAUUUUGCAGUUACUUCAGCUUGCAGCUUCUGAACCACACACACACGCGCGCACACACACACACACACACACACACACACACACACACACACACAAACACGCGCACACUUUGCCUGGCGGCUGCCUCUGCUGGCGAGCCACGCGUGUGGGUGAGUGUGUGUCCGGAGAGAUCCGACCCGUGUUCCAGCGAGUGGACAGCAGCUGUGUCGCUCUCCUCCGCACCGAUGAGCGGGGACGUCAGAGCACCACAUGAAUACUGACGUGGAGGCAUCCUGCUUCACAGAGGACAGAAGGGAACAAGAUGGCUGCCAUUUAGGACUAGGUUUGCUGGAAUUCUACAAAGUGGAGGGACUCAAAACAAGGACGCAGAGAGGACAGCCUUGUGAAUGGACUCAAAGUAGACCAGAUGGACACAGAAACGGCCAGGCAUGAGACGGAAGAAAGUCUGACCCUCGCACGGCUCGGCUUCCCUCGCCAGACGGACUCUGCCAACCUUCAGAAUGGAAAGCAGUCGCCUGAAGCUCCCUGCCAGCAAGCCAAUGGGGAAGGCAGCUGGACCCGCUUCCAGCCCGGUACAGGGGACAACCCAAUGAAACGGCACCAGGACAGCUGUGUGAGCCCUGCAGACACACAGGGCCCGUUUGACCAGGGACCGUACGAGACGAACGGUCUGAGUGAGCAGUGUGUACUGGGCCUUCACCAGCCCAAAAGACUCAGGAUGAACAGGGAGGAGGUACUGAGCUUGUGGGAUAAAAAAGAGACGGAGAAAGAAAGCCGUUUAGAUUUGACUGGUGAGCUGAACAAGCCUGAACCAGAUAAAACAAACUGCAAUUAUCCAAAUGGGGACAUCUUCACGCUGUCAAGGAGCAAGCAGGUGUCAACACCCAAUGGUGCUACUACAGUGACCCCACCUUCAGGGGAGGGUCCAACAGGUGCUCUGUUAGAGAAAACCUUGUCUCAGUAUUACCCAGAGCAAGUGUCCAUCGCUCCGCAGACCAGCUCUUCGCAAGCAGACAGGGUCACCAGCAACCUGCAGGAGCAGGGCAUUCCCUCUCCUUCACUUACCUCAGGUUUUCACAUUUUAGCCUCUGAGCCAUUCGCCAAGACACUUCCGGAGGUGGCCAGCCGUAAAGGUUACAGCCCAGCGUUCAUGGUAAACGGGUACUCGAGACGCUUUGGAGCGGAGCAGCAGCACCAGCCGCCACCGUACCCUCUUUCUGACCUCCCGGACUUGGAGGCACGCACACAGGCCAACACGAGCAAGGGACCUGGUGUGGCUGCACAGACAAGCGUGGGUGACCGCUCACAGGAUCAAAACAGCACGGAGUGUUUUCCUAGAAAGUCAGAGGGUUUAUGUGUGAUCCCCAAGUCUGGCCAGGUCUUCGUUCAGGAGUCUUACCCACUGCCAGCACUGCAGAUGGGCACCUCGGUGCCAGGUAAAGGGUCCAACGCGUUUGGUUCAUUCGACAGCCCUGCCGUUGGUGACCACGUGUCCGGCAAUCAUGCAGCCCAGCAGAACUUGCAGUUCGGGAGGCAGCAGCACCACUCGGAGGUUCCCCGUCCAGCAGACAGAAGCUCCCAGGGGCUGAGAGACUUGGUUAUGCCUGCUGCACCGCCUCUUUCUCCGCAGCAACGGCAGAGCGUGGAGCCUCAGACGAGAGGUGGCAGGCCUGACCCCCCGGCCAUCGCAGAGCCGCAGAAACCGGGUGGUGACUGUAAGCUGUCUCUUACAGGCCAGGCAGAACGGUUGGCAGGGAACGAGGGUCCCUGCCCCCAGACUGGCUGGAUCGAUUUGAAUGCUAGUCAAGCUCCACAGCAUCCAGGCAGCCAGCCACACAUGUGGAGGGGAUUUCCUCCACAGCAAAGCCCAGUCCCACAGAGCCCCAGCAGACUGCUUGAGCCCGAGCCGACACACAGUUUUACAGCGCGAGGUUUCGGCCAACCCAGUUUCCCCCAACAGCAAGACCAUCACACACAGAAUGGCUACAAGCCCGGCAUGCCUCCCACACAAACUCAGCUCAAAGCUGCCUCAGAGUGCCAUCCCUGCAAAACUCCCUCUGGUGUGCACGUGCAGAGCGACAAAUUUCAACACAUGCCCGAACAGUGUAAUUCUUCUCAGCAGCAGAUGAACCAGCAGUUUUGCUCCCCAGUGCUACAAGAGAAAUUAUGUAAACAUGAACAAGACUUGGAGCGGAUGCUAUCCCCAGACUUCCUUCUUCAGCGACCACCACAGGCCCACCAGCAGCAAGAUAGCAUCUCGCAGCUCCAAUCAGCUCAGGGGCUCAAAAUGGCCCCGCAGUCACUGGACCUUUCUCAAGGUCAGGUGGAUGCCCAACUCCAAAGUAGGCACAAAACAGAGGGCUACAUGCAGUCAAAGAUUUCCUCUCCAUCAUACCAGCCACCUAAACUGCCUGGUCCAACACAUCCUGGGCCUGGGCAUGGGCCAGCCAUGAGGUCCAAUAUUCCUGACCCACCACACCCCAGCUCUCAGCCUUUGUCAAAAGACAUGGAAUCUGUGUUUGGGUUCAGUGACAUAGCAGAGAUGCAAAAGAACCCGCAGAGAAGGUACACCCUGAGUCCCAGUGCCCCACUACAAUAUUCCCAUCAGUCUCUCAAUCACAGGCUGCCCGGCAACGUGGACUGUCUCCAGGCGCUGCAUUCACAAACACAGCCUCAGCUGCCAGGUGGUGCUGACGGCCCACAGAUGCCAUUUCCCAAAUUCCCCAAAGCAGAAACACAGGACCCCUGUGCCCAUUUUCAGAGAGGGCCUCUUCGAAGCCCUGGCCCACAGGGCGAUCUACAGAGGCACGCUGCCCUAAGAAUGCGUCUCCUCCAAAAACAGGAGAGGCCAAGUCAUUCCCAGAGCCCCGACCUGGUCAGACCCGACCUGCAGGCCGCCAAACGGGAAAACGGCCAGAUGCUCACUUCUCAUAUGACGUUACAGGCCGGAGAGCUGGUUAGUGGCAUGCUGGCAACGGUGAAGCAGGAGCGCCCAUCCUCCGCCUGUGAGCAGAACCAACACAAAAGCAUCCUGGCCACCAUGGAGCAGCAACUUCAACAGUACCAGCCCUCCCCAGUGUUUGAGGGGAAGCCUCUGGUCAUCAAGCCACCCGGAAAGGUGAAAGUGGAGAUGGCUGGAAGCGUAACAGUGGUUUCUACCAACAUGGAGGACCAUAAGCCUGCGGAUUUCACGCCCAAAAAAGUGGAGCUGCAGAGUUUCUUGGAGUCACCCAUGAAACUGCUCGACACUCCUAUUAAAAACCUGCUGGACACACCCGUGAAGACCCAAUAUGACAUUCCUCCAUGCCACUGUGUUGAACAAAUCAUUGAAAAGGACGAAGGUCCGUACUACACCCACCUGGGCGCUGCGCCAAACAUUAAGGCUAUUCGAGAGACCAUGGAGAAGAGGUCUGGGUUGACGGGUGGUGCUAUUAGAAUCGAGAAGGUGGUGUACACAGGGAAAGAGGGUAAAAGCACGCAGGGCUGUCCUAUUGCUAAAUGGGUGAUACGAAGGGCCAACGUGGACGAGAAGCUCCUGGUGCUUGUGCGAGAGCGGGCAGGGCACUCAUGCGAAACGGCGUGCAUCGUUGUGGUUAUGCUGAUCUGGGAGGGUAUUCCAACAUCCCUGGCGGACCACCUUUACACGGAUCUCAUAGACACCCUGACGAAGCAUGGAACCCUUACCAACCGCCGGUGUGCCCUUAAUGAGGAGAGGACAUGUGCAUGUCAGGGUCUGGACCAGGACGUCUGUGGGGCUUCCUUCUCUUUUGGGUGCUCCUGGAGUAUGUACUACAAUGGCUGCAAGUUUGCCAGAAGUAAAGUCCCAAGAAAGUUCAAAUUGCUUGGUGAUGAUCCCAAAGAGGAGGAAAAACUGGAGAGUCAUUUUCAGGGCCUGGCAACUCUGAUAGCACCAACUUACAAAAAAAUGGCACCUGAAGCUUAUGCCAACCAGGUGGAGCAUGAACACAGAGCUUCGGAUUGCCGUCUGGGUCUGAAAGAAGGCCGGCCGUUCUCCGGAGUCACGGCCUGUCUUGACUUCUGUGCCCACUCCCACAGAGACCUCCAUAACAUGCAAGGAGGCAGUACCGUGGUCUGCACGCUGACACGAGAGGACAAUCGCCAGAUCGGAAAGAUUCCUGAGGACGAGCAGCUGCAUGUUCUGCCGCUGUACAAAGCCUCGUCCACGGACGAGUUUGGCAGCGUGGAGGGCCAGCUGGAGAAGACCAGGACCGGCGCCAUCCAAGUGCUCUCCGUUUUCCGCCGCCAGGUACGGAUGCUGGCGGAGCCAGCCAAGUCCUGCCGGCAGAAGAAACUGGAAUCCAGAAAGGCUGCAGUUAACAAGCCCUCUCACCCCAACACGCCCAACGCCAAGGCAGACAAUGCUCAACAGGCGAAGCAGAUGAAACAAACCUCAUACGAGAGCAUCGCCCAGAACACACCUCCAACAGGCACAGAUCCAGGGCACAUUGGCGCUGCCCACCCAACGGUCCCCACAAACCAGCCUCAGCAGCAGAAACAGUCCAGUGCCCCUCGGCCUUUCUCUAGCCCCUCGUCCCCUGCCAACUACCCCACAUGCCCUAAUGCCCCAGGAUCCUACGCUAGCACCUCUAAACAAACCAACAUUUUCCCUCAGCCUGCCAGCUCUUACCACUCAUCUCUACCCCUCCCCAACACCUACAUGAAUGGGUCAAACCCACCAAGCCCCUACUCCAGACCUCUGACACCCAACAGCUUCUACCCUGGUUACCAGUGUAACGGGAGUGUGCCCGUGGACAACUACCACCCCUUUUACUCUAAUCCAAAGCAUCUGGACAUGUACCAACAACAAAGGCCUUCUUUGUACCCUGAACAACAGUUCACCCCUCACCAAAGCUAUGGUGUCAGCUACCCUCCACGCUACGGUGAGCCCACUUUGCCUGUCAGUGCUUAUGGCAACUGCAAUAUGCGUCCCAGCAUACACCACAUGGCACACUACCCUGGUUACAGCACUAACAGAGGGCCUGAGGCCCAGUUUCUGGAAGCUCUCUCAAGACCUCCCUCAACCCAUCCAGGUCUGGACUAUGCAGUUGCAAAUAAGUGCAGCCAGUUUGGAAGAUACCCCAAUGCCUACCUAGCCCAGAAUCCUCAGAUGUUCCCCCCAAACCUGGACCCCUUAAAAAUGAAAAGUAAGCCAGAGCUGAACUUGCAAGGAGCCAAUGGGAUCCCUCAGACGCUUCCUCCUUUGAGUAGUGAAUGCCUGAACCAGUCUCCAGGCAUGGGUCUGCCCAACGGAAACGUCCCACCUACUAUGAUCAAACAGGAACCAUGCACUGCGAUGCCCGUCCCUGAGGAGAAGGAGGAAGUGUGGUCAGACAAUGAGCACAAUUUCCUGGAUCCUGAGAUUGGCGGGGUGGCAGUGGCUCCAAGCCACGGCUCGAUCCUCAUCGAGUGCGCCAAGCGUGAGCUGCACGCCACCACACCCAUCAAGAAGCCCGAUCGCGCCCACCCAACACGCGUCUCUCUGGUCUUCUACCAGCACAAGAACCUGAACGAAGCCAAGCACGGUCUGGCGCUCUGGGAGGCCAAGAUGGCAGAAAAGGCCCGCGAGAAGGAGGAGGACUCCGAAAAGCACGGCGCCGACAGCACACCCAGCAAGAGUGGCGGCAGGAAGGUUAAGAGAGAACAUCCGGAACCUUCCGAGACCUCAGAGCCAACUUACAAGCGCUUCAUCCAGAUGCUCGCGGAAAAGUCGCAGUCCUGCACCACCAACACGUACGUCGGCUCAGCUCCCUACGCCUUCACCAAGGUCACUGGACCUUACAGCCACUUCCUGUAGGGACCUUCUUAGGUUUACAUCGUCCUUACUUGGGGGAACAAAACAGUAGAUUUGCAAAAGUGAAAUGGUGCUACAGUAUUGCAUUGCAGACCUCAGUGCCACCGGCUGUAUAGACCCGGCUACCUUCUGAGAGGUGAGUGAUGAUCCACACUAGGAAGAAUGCAGACUGGACAAUAAACUAACAACAGGUAACACAUCAGGUCUAUCGGCUCUUGAAAGACCAAGCUUAACUGAUUGAACCUUAAAUGUGUUUAUUUAUUUUAAUGGUUCUCUUUCCAGACAUUUGUUAGUGGAAAAAACUUUGGUGGCUUUAAUUAUACAAGUGAACCAGAAAUGAUUAUGACCUAAAUCUUGGCAUAAAAUGGUGACUUUAUGGCUAAUCCUUUUCACGGUGCUAAGUGAAGAGAUUUUUGAAUAUACACUUUUUGUUUAAAUGCCUACAUAAAAUAUUUUAUUAGUGUGUUACCUCGCAAGUAAUAAGCAAUUAUUUUCAUGAUGUAUUUCAAUUAGUAGCAAUUAAGGAGAUAUAAGGAACUGCUUUGAUUAGUGUUUUUAAAAGCACUUUUGACCACGGGUGCAUCUUAUUUCAUCCUUUGGUCAGAAAGCUGAUUUAAGUCAUUCUUUAGAAAGCUACUUGAUCAGUGAAAGACUACAUUAAUUUUUUAACACUUCUUAAAACAGUGUCAGUUGUAUAAUUUUCGGGGGAAAAAAAGACAUGCAAAAGAAAUUUUUACAAAAAAAAACUUUUCUUUGGUGCUUUCACAGUUACGCAGUUAUGUGUGAUUUACAUUUACUGUUUAUUGAGCCAUUCUCAAGGUGCAUUUUUGAAACAGUAAUGUUCUUUUGGAGACAAAGUGCAUGAGUGGACAAACAGAUCCAAAAGUGAUACUUCACGUCCACUAUAGUUACUGAGUGCUGGACCGUAGGUCCGAAACAUAUGCACAGACUUUGGAAUUUACAGGUGUUGCAGUUGAAAUCAUAUCCUCGUUGCAUUCGUCAAGAAACAUGUAACAGGGUUAGCUGUUAUUUUCAGUUACCAAGGCAGCUGGCUUGCUGUGGGGUUCUUUUAAUGAUUGUAAUCUAGGUCUAUGAUAAAGGUGACAUUUGUACAGUAAAUUAAUUCCUCUUUUCUUAAAUUGCUUUAGAUUUUAGUACUGUAAACAAGAGUGAUAUUUCUUUGGGGUUAAACUGAUUCUAUCUCAGAAUGGUGCUAUUCGACCUGUUGUUAUAAACAUAAUGUGAGAAUUUUUAUGGGUGGUGAUAAGUUCUAUGAAUGAUGUAAAGAAGCUACUUGGCAUAUACCUCAAACCAUUUGUUGGCAAUAGGAUUAUUAUACCAAGGUGUGUUUUUUCCUUUCUGUUCCUGCCUUCAGAACUCUUUUCAAACACUUUUAGCAAAGAGAACACAACUUUAGGUCAUCAUAACGCUUAGUUCAUCACUAACUUUCUUCACACUUGGUCUACAAGAAAGUAUUACUUGAACUUCAAGUGUCAAUGUAAUAGUUACAAAUCAGGGCUAUUUCAGCUCAUUCCUGUGCUCACACCUCGGUUGUGUGUCUCCACUCAUUCAGGGAUCGAUUUCUGCAUGUUCAGUCCCUAUGAUUUACUUGUACAUACUACAAAGAAACUAACUUUGUUUAAAAAAAAAAAAAAAAAAAUCAAAUCACCUGCAAUUUUGUACUCAUGUUUUAGUGGAUAGUUGGUAAACUCUUUUUAGAAGUAAUUUGAAAGUACAUUAAUAUGCACUGAGUUGUCUAAAGGGACAGAAAGGCAUUGACUUUUCAAUGGAAAUUCAAGCCAGGGCAGUUCAAACAUUUAGAUGCACAUUUGGAUGCAUGUGUGUAAUUUUAAGCAAAACUUAUUUAUAACCACUAAACAUUUAAUUCAUUUUUCCUUCCUCUCUCCAUUUAAACAAAUGUGACAUUUUCUUGGGCACUGGUAUGAGACAACAUUACCCUAUUAACAUUCAGAAAUCAAUUUUCUGAAAGCACUUCCUUUCUUUUUCAGAAGAAAAAAACAGUAAGGAAUACAAAACAUUUAUUUAAACUGAAAAGGGUUACUGUAAAUGUGUUAUGAAAUAAAUUAUGCCAUGUUGUAUAUACCAUGUGUUUAUAAUACAAAAGUAUAAACCCAUUGUUCUUUUAAGUCCAGCUAUUGUAAUGUCAAAGGUUUGAGUCUGUAGUUUGUUAAAUGUAUUCAUUUAAUUUACUCAUCAAACAUGAUUUCCUGCAAUUAUUUUUUUUGUAAUUAGACUGAACAAACAUCACCCUUUUGCCUCUUUUUUCUUAGUUGCAUAGAUACCACACUGUCAGUACCAAGACAUCUUUACUGUACUCGGUCCCGUGAUAGCUGAACGACAAACGUUGAAUAGUUUUGAAAAAGGACUCCAAUUUUGUAAAUUCGGUUAGGCUCAAGUGUACAGGCCCCAGCUUGAGUAGCAGGUUGUGGGUGAGAGAGGCAACAGAGGGCGUUCAGACCCAUCACAGGCGAGCAUAGCCAUACUUGAAGAUGCGUUAGUGUGUGUUACUUGAGUGGAGUCAACCUUACUUGAAUGACUUUCCUAACACACCGAUCGCGCAGCUCUUAUGUCAAGCUAGCAGUUUAUGUACACGUGGUAAUUUGCAGUUAGACACUAAAAGUUUAAAACAUCUUUUUUUUUUAACUGUUUCCACUGCGCCCUUAAAAUUUGGUAUGUUUAAAAAUGGAAUUAAGGAUGGAUAUAAAUACUGUAAGUAUUGUAAUGUACUGAAGUACUGAAUGCAGUUUAUUUGAAAGCUGUUUAUUAUAUCAUUCCUGAUAUUGCUGAGAUGUGGGUGUUUUUAAUAAAAUUUAUAUUUAUUUCAAGCAUUUCAAUUGUCACACUCAUCUAAUAGCCAAAUGAGAGACACAGAGAGAGAGAGAGAGAGAGAGAGAGAGAGAGAGAGAGAGAGAGAGA